AUGCUGACCUUUGACGACUUGGAUCCGGAGCUUGAAGCCUUGGACCUGCAGAACCAGGAGCUGGGGAAGAAAGGAGCCCAGAGGCGAUCCGGUCAUCUCCCUGAGUUCCCGGAUUUGCACUUUGAAGAACCACUCGAGAUGGGUGUGGAGAUGACAGCAGUUGAUUUGCGAUUCGUUGUUUGGUUCAAUGAAGUGGAAGUGGUUCAAUGGUUCAAGUAUGUUUGCAUGAUGUUUGCCAAGGCUUGUGCGAACAUCGGUGAUGCCGGCUGUGCUUUUAUAGCUGGUGCACUGCAGAGGAACUCUUCUUUGCAGUCGGUGAACUUGCGAAACAAUCAUAUUGGAGAGGAAGGGGUGGAGAGCAUCACAGAAGGUCUGGCUCUGUCGUGGAAAGAGACAGGUGCAGGGAUCCAGCUGAAAGAGUUGAACUUGGGCCACAACCUCUUCGGGGACGCUGGGCUUCAUGCCAUUUCCAAGGUCGUGGCCUUGGGUUUCUUACAACUGUUGGACCUUUCAAAUCUAAAGAUGGUCACUUCCGAUGGAUGGCAAACGUUUUGCUCCACCUUGGUGGGCUGCCGUCUGACCACUUUGAAUUUACGGCAGAACGACCAGCUGCCCGAAGCUGCUGCUCUUGCACUGGCACUGGCGCUCAAGACGGACGUAGGUGCUUUGCAAGAGUUGGAUUUGUCGUUGUGCUCAGUGAGCGCCAAAGCUGCGCCACAGUUAUUGCAGCUGCCGCUGCGCCAGCUACAGUUGCUGGGCAGCGAGCAAAUGGACGUGCAGGAGCUUGGUUCUGCCUUGGCUGGUAGUACCCUUGAGAUGCUGGACCUGUGCAACUGCCAGCUGGGUCCAGCAGCUGCCGCCACCUUGGCGGAUGUUUUGCUGCCAGCCGCCGCCGGGCCCAGGAACCCCUUGACGAUGCUGCAUUUAGAUCGUAAUCUCUUGGGCUUUGAUGGUGCAGUGGCCUUGUCCAGAGGCCUUCGUGGCUGGCCAGCGCCCGGAUGCCGUUUGCAGGUGCUGACGCUGCGCGAGAACCGCUUGGGCGAUGGUGGUGUGGGCGCCAUUGCGGAGGCCUUGGAAGACAAUGUGGCCCUCAAAGAAUUAGAUCUCUCCAGCAACGAGGUUGGCGAUUUGGGCGGUCAAAGUAUGGGCCUUUUGCUCCAGAAGGAUCCUCGUUUGGCUUCACUGUCCCUGAAGAGCAACCACAUCAGUGAUGCAGGAGCUGAAGCCUUAGCCCAGGGCCUGGAGAAGAAUUCAUGGUUGGAGGAACUGGAUCUCAGCGAGAAUCACAUCAAGAUGGCAGGCGUCGGUAAACUGUGCGCAGCGCUGGAGCACAAUGGAACGCUGGAGACCUUGGUCUUGGAGGGAAACGAGGUGAAGUCAGAUAUCCUCGACUCGGUAGAACAAUUGGCGACGGAUGUGAUGGUGCGGAGAGAAAGGCUAGAGAGGCAGCCGCCAAAGAUCGCGGUGACAAUUGAGGAACCAGAGAGCCCCGUUGCCAGUGACAGCGAGGCUGGACAGGUCUUGAAAUGUGGGGGGAACCCCAAAACAUACAAAAACUAG